UUGUAGUAUCGAUAGUUGUCCAGUUCAGAACAGAACAAUGAUUUUAGUGCCAUCAAUCCUUUUACAAAAUCAGCCAAAUGACCUUUAAUUUGUCACAAGCCCUACUUGCUCAAAAUAAUCAUACUUCUCAUUUCCCAAUUCCCAUUUCAAGAUUCUCCCUUGCAUCCAAUAAAAUCUACCUCCCUAGUCCCACCACACUUCACAAGACAAACCAACACUCUUUUCCCACCAAAAUUAUCAGUGAUACUUCUUUUUAACGAUAUAUUCUCCAUAUCCUUCACUUGCGCACUCAACUACAUCAAGAGAUGUGAAGAACACUUCCAAAAUAGUUAUGGGUGCAACAAUUAUCAUGGUGGUUGGCGUUGCCUGUGUGUUGGGCCUAGUUUUGAUACUCUUAGCCAAGCUUUACUGUUCUCUCUUCUUGCGUAGACACUUCCGUAAGAACUCUUUUUCCAUACACAAAUCGCGAUUUUCCCCAACAAACUAUCCCUCGACUCCCCAACAGAAUGGUGUAGCUUCUGCACCAUCUUCUCUCAGUGGCUUUUAUUCACGAGGGGUUCUUCAAGCUCCAAGAAAUAUGCUGUUCCCUCCAAAUUCUAACGUGGAUUUAGAGAAGCAUAUUUCACAAGAAAUACAAGCAGAAGUACCCACUGAUGCUCAAGUUGUUGGCCAUCUAUAUUCUUCACAGAAACUUCAACACGAGGAAGAGUUUAUAUACAUAUCCAAUCCAAUUUAUAAUAAUAGCAAGGUUGAUACGCCAUUUGUAACGCCGGACACGUCGCCAUCACGGCUGGACGAAAGAAUUGAGUUUUGUGGGGAAGAUGAAGUUGAAGAUGAAGAAGGAGAUGAAACGCCUCCAUUAACACCAAUGAAGAAACUUCCAGCUGAGGGAUGCUCAGUUUCUUUGAGAGAUGCUCGUUCUCUAUGCACUACUGGUAGUGAUUCGAAUAGUAACAAUGAAUGUAUUUCAACGUCUUCAUUAGGGUCUCCUUCUACUUCUCCUUCAUGGUGAAUAGUUUAUUGUAGAAAUUUUGGCUGGUUCAACUUUGUUCUUUUGCUUUCUUGUCGAUUUUCAAGAAGUGGAUAUUUUGGAUAAAACAAGAUUGUGAAUAGGAGUGAUGCUAGACAACCAACUUCUUUUACGCGUGACUUUGGCUCUUGUACCAAGGAGUGGUGGACCAAAGUCAA